AUGGAGAAAGUCAGGUGUAUGUUGAGUGAAUCAGGAUUUGGUGAAGAGUUCUGGGCUGAGGCAGCAUCAACAGCAGCAUAUUUGAUCAAUCGAUCACCUUGCUCAGCCAUUGAUCACAAUGUUCCAGAAGAGUUAUGGCUUAACAGAAAGCCUGGUUACAAACACUUGAGGAGAUUUGGCUCAGUUGCUUAUGGUACAAAAGGGUACAAGGUCUGGUUGUUGGAAGAAGAGAAGUGUGUGAUAAGCAGAAAUGUGAUAUUUCAUGAAGAACAAGUGUUUAAAGAUCUGGGUAAUGAAACAGAGAAGGUUACAGAGGGAAAUCUGGAAACUGGUCAGUCAAGUGAGACAAGGGAAAUUGAGAUUGUGGCAGAGACAAGUUCAGAAGAACAACAAGGUCGACAACAAGUUACAGAGAAUCUUGUUCCAGGUGGAGCUACUGAAAACGGUUCAAACGAGACUGAAGAAGAAGAGGAGGAGCAGUAUGAUGAAGACGUGGUUGAUCUAGCUGGUUAUCAACUAGCAAAAGACAGAAAGAUGAGAACUACUGCACCUCCAGCCAGGUUCAAUGAUUACAACAUGGUAGCAUUUGCGUUACUUGUUGCUGAAGAUCUCGAUAUUGAGGAACCACAGUGUUAUCACGAAGCCAUGAAUUCACCAGAAUGGGAAGAGUGGAAUGAUUCAAUGGGUGAUGAGAUGACUUCACUGGCAAAGAACAGGAUUUGGAUAUUGUUGAUCGACCUAAAGACAAGAAAGUCAUUGGUUGCAGGUGGCUGUACAGAAAGAAAACUGGGAUUCCGGGAGUGGAGUUAA